AUGAAGGUCGCGAGGAGUCCGACGGAGGCUCUCUUCCAGGGUAUGGUGAGGCAGUCCAUGAGGAUGGUGAAGGCCGACAGCGCCGUGAACGUCGAGGUGAAACAGUCAGGUGCCCCGCAGCUUAUCGACCAGUACCUCAUGUAUGAACACAUCUUGGAGGAGAAGAACGCUACUAAGGUGAAGAUCGUGGAUCAAAUGUGGUUCCGAACGGCUGUGUUUGUCGCAACGCUCGCUAAUGUGGUCGUCCUGGCCCUCGAGGCAGAUUUCGACUGCUGGGUGGGUUGGUGGGACCUCAAAUGCAGCAGCAGGGGUCAGGUCUGGCAGCUUCUGGACCUGAUCAUCACCGUUGCCUUCCUGGUUGAAAUUUGUCUCCGCCUGUACUGCUUCGAUUGGGCAGUGCUCUCCAGUAUGGAGGGGGAGGGUGGCACGUGCAAUCGCUAUGCAAAGCACUUGCUGCUGCCAAUUGCAGACUUGAUUAUAGUUCUGUUGCGAGUAUCUGAUGUCUUCAUCCUCUCCUCCAUGAGGGUGGCUUCGGGCUUGAAAUUAGUCAGUGCUGUUCGAGUGGUGCAUGCUGCCAGUGUCAUAAAGUCUUUGCGCCUUGUCAAAUUCUUCCGCGAGCUCUGGUUGAUUGUCAGCGGUGUGGGCGAAACACUGAGCAGCCUCAUUUACAUCAUCAUGAUCCUCAUGACUGUUCUCUGGUGCUUUGCCAUUCUUUUCACCUUGGCUGUGGAGGGGGACGGUCCCGAUGGAUUCGAUUACUCGAACGCUGCAUGGGGCACGAAUGACUACUGGGGACAUGUAUCGAGCUCGUGCUUUACAUUGUUCCAGGUCACCACUGGAGACAAGUGGGCCAGUUCCAUUGUGCGGCCCCUAAUUCAGCAGAGGCCUCUUUUGAUUGUUCUGGUCGUACCCUUCUUAUGCCUGACUGUCUUGGGUCUCCUCAACGGUAUCAUCGGCAUCGUCGUAGAGAAUGUGCUGAACAGCGCUCGUGCAAACGACGAGUCCGAGGGAAACGAGAAACGGACGAUCGAUGCGAAAAUAAUGGAGUCAUUGAGGACGAUCUUCGUGGAGGCCGACACUGAUGGGAGCAACAGUUUGGAGUACGAGGAGUUGGUGGAGGCCGUGCGAAAUCCGAAAGUUCGGCGGCGAAUGCAGGUGCUCGAGCUUCCCAUCAAAGAUCUGGACCUGCUCUUCGCGAUGCUUGACGAGGAGCGUACGGGCUCCAUAAAUAUUGACGUAUUCUUCCGCGGCUGCGCGCGAAUGCGGGGGCCAGCCAUGGCAGCUGACCUGCACCAGAUGUCGAUCGACUUGGACAGGAACAUCAGCACCGCGGAGAACAACAUCCAGGCUACGGAGAGCGUGAACGAUGUGCUGGAGCUUUUGAUCAACCAGCUCGACGUGGUGGAGGUGGACGUCGUCAGGGCCGACAGCGACGACAAGGACCCAGUGCUCAUGGCCAGGCCACGUAGGUGGAUGCCCCGCCGAAAGGACAAGGAGCGGGAGCGGGAGAUGGCCCGAAUGAUGCACGGCAACUUUGCCGCGAAUCCCUCACGGUCUCCCAGGCCCGAGAGGAGAUCCACUCGCCGCGCAGGAAGUCCAGGGAGUCGCCGGAGAACUACUCGCCGCGCGGCCGGCGGGGCUCGGUCGGCUCGCUGGUGCAUGCCAACCUCAAGGCCUCGUCCCCGGACUACAAAGCCUAUGCCCACCGGUCGAAGCGAUCGCCCGCCGGGGCACAGUACACCUAAAGUCGCCCCAGCUGGCUCGGAGAGCGGUGCCCGCCGCGAUCCUCCAGCCCGCUGCAGACCAGGAGGAGGGAGAGGAGGAGCGCUACCAUCGUCUUGCGCCCUGCCAGAGGCAGGGUCGACCGGCAUCCGCCACGUUUGCGGAGGCCUGUUAGCAGAGACUUUGGCGUACUAA